AGAAUUUUCAAUUUGGCAAAAGGAAUUAAUCCAUUUCUUUGUAACUGCCACAAUUUCUUGCUAUUUUCAACCGCUAGUUUGGUUCAUCUUAAAUUCUGCUCCAAAGAAUAGAGUGGUUGGGAAAUAUGGGAACACAAUAUUAGCUUUGUUUAUUUUUCUUUUUCCAAAAAAGAACAUUUCCUCUUUUUUUUGUCAGCAAUUUCUUUCUCUUCUAAUAUAUUUUGAAAGCCAACCUUCUCUUUGUUUGUAGGAACUCUGAUAAAAGGAAAACUUCUUUAUAAACCGAACCAAAAAAUAAAAAUAAAAAAGGGAAACGGAGAAGGGAGAGGGUAGUAGCCAAAGAAAUACCAUGUCCCAAGAUGAAAACUUGGCAACUAUCAUUGAACACAUGAUGAUAGACCAAGACGAAGAGUCCGACGCAGAAAUUGAAAAAAUUGAAAAUGCCUCUCUCAAUGACCGAGAGACUAAUGAAGAAAAUCUUGGAUCAUCACCAAUUCAAGAAGGGAAAUUUGUCGAGGAGGAAUUGAAGAUCAAGAAGAAGAAGAGGGCCUUGAUGGGGUUGAGGUGUAGGGUUGAAGAUGCAAUUCUUGGGAACUAUCUGAUAGGAAAACCUACCAAGAAACUUGCACCGGAUGAAAAAUCCAAUCCGGUAGAAGAACUCAAAGAAACAACCCUUUGGGGAGUGCCUUUGCUUCCAAGCAAAGGCGAUGAAGGUACAAACAUUGUUUUGCUUAAAUUCUUACGAGCAAAAAAUUAUAAUAUCUCUGAUGCCUUUCAUCUACUUCAAAAGACAUUAAAAUGGAGAAAGGAAUUCAAGGCAGAUGAGAUAUUGGAUGAAGAACUAGGUAAUGACCUUGAAAAGGUAGUGUACUUGGAUAGCAAAGAUAAAGAAGGUCAUCCUUUGUAUUACAAUGUAAAUGGGGCUUUCAAGGACAAGGUAUUAUAUAGGAAAAUUUUUAAGACAGAAGAGAACUUCAAGAGGUAUUUGAGGUGGAGAGUGCAAUACAUUGAGAAAGGAAUCAAAGAACUCAACUUCAAAAAUGGCGGUACCGAUUCCAUUGUUCAGAUUACAGAUCUGAAGAACACACCAAGGACUAGUGAAAAGAAAGCCUGGAUGGCACUCCAAGAGAACUAUCCUGAACUUGUCCACAGAAAUAUUAUCAUAAAUGUUCCAUUCUGGUUUUAUGUGUCUCAUUUGUUAUCCUCACGGCUGAAAGUGAGAAGCCACAGAUCACAUAGCAAGUUCAUUUUUGCCAGACCCUCCAGAGCCACAGAGACUCUCCUCAAGUUUGUAGCUCCAGAAAACCUUCCUGUUGAAUAUGGUGGACUCAAAAGGGAAAAAGACCCAGAAUUCUCCCCGGAGGACAAGGUUACUGAGCUCACCAUUAGAGGAAAUGCAUCUGCAUCCAUCUUAAUUCCUACCUCGGAGGUCGGGGUUUCUGUAGUGUGGGACAUGACGGUGGUGGGAUGGAAUGUAGGCUUCAAGGAGGAGUUCAUCCCAGAUGACGAAGGGUCAUACCGAAUUUUGCUGCAGAGUGACAAAGAUAGGAAGGGAGGAGGGAGCUUGAGGAAUUCGUUUUACAUUAAUGAGGCAGGGAAGAUUAUGAUCACCAUUGACAAUGGCACUCUCAAGAAGAAGAGGGUUCUUUAUAGAUACCGAACCAAACCCACUGCUCCUAGCUACAUUGUUCGCAAAGAACUAGGAAUUUGAUUGUUUUGCUUAAUUUUAGCAGUAUCUAUCUUGAAAAUUUUAGAUUGGUUGCGAAGAUGCAGCUCAAUUUAAAGAAGGGCAAAUUUUGUUCUUCCUCAAUUUUUUUUCUUCCUGAUGAAAACAAUGUACCAUAAUUGAACUAAUCAAACCUAAAAAAAUUA